AUGUGCGUCAUGGCUGAAGUCCCAGAAUAUUACGAUUCAGGCUCGGAUGAAGGAGACCUGGAGUAUGAGGACCUCAAACUGCCUAGGUCACUUAAAAUGGCUCAAGAUGGCGAAGUUGACACCACGGCAGAAGUAGGCCUGGAGCUACAGAUUGACCAGGAGCCACAACCAGAGGCGGAGGAAGAGGACCUCAAAUCGGGGGCGCCAGACAAUGUGCACCUACACCUAAAACCGACCAGCAUGUCUGAGAAAGAGAUUCCUAGGGAGUCAGAGAUAGACUUUUCUAGCAAGACUGAUCCAGGGAUGUCCCAGGAGGCACAGUCAGAAACACUCAGAGAGAUCGAAGAGCUCUUCCAGGAUUUGGAUGUCCUUAUGCAUGAUAAGGAAGAACCAGGCUUAGAGUCACCAGAGGAGGCCAAACUAGAUCUUAGAGAGGAUGUACUCAUAGAGUUGGCUGAGGAAACAGGUCUGGAGCUACCAAAGGAGACUAAAGGGGCCUCAAUCAGUGAGACUAAUUUAGAGUUACCAGAAGAGACCAAAUUGGAAGUUCUGGAGGAUUCACUUAGAGCACAAUAUGAAGAAACAGGUCUAGAAACUUCAGAGCAGACCAAACCUGAAUUUCCGAGUGAGAAACCAAGAAAAUCAAUUGAAGAGGCAGAUCUACAGCCGCCAGAAGUGACCACACCAGAGAUUCCAAAGGAAGCACAGAGAGAGUCACCUAGGGAGAAAAGGACCGAGCCAUCUGAGCAGGCGAAACCAGAGUUGCCAGGAGGGAAACCAAGAGAAACUGAAGAGUCAGGUCUGGAGCCCGCAGAAGAGACGAAAACAGAGGGUCCACAGGAAAUACAAAGAAAAUCAACUGAGGAGAAAGAGACAGACCCACCUCAACAGACUAAAGCAGAGUUUCCAAAGGAGAAACCAAGAAAUUCUACUGAGGAGGCAGGUCCACAGCCCCCAGAAGAGACUAAAUCAGAGAUUCCAGAGGAGGACGGAAGAAAAUCAACUGAGGAGAAACAGAGAGAGCCACCUCAGCAAACUAAAUCAAAGUUUCUAGACCAGAAACCAGCUAAGUCUAGUGAAGAGACACAAAGGAAAUCAACUGAGGAGAAAGUUCUAGAGCCACUAGAAGUGACCAAAUCAGAAUUUCCUGAGGAAAAAUCAAGAAAAUCAAUCAAGGAAACAGGUCUAGAGCCAUCAGGAAAGACAAAACCAGAAGUUCAAGAAGAGAUACUGAGAGAAUCAACUGUGAAGAAAGUUUUAGAACCACUAGAGGACACUAAAUCAUCAGGUCAAAAUGAUAAGCAGAGAAAAUCAACUGAGGAGAUAGGACUAGCACCACCACAGAAGAUCAAAUCAGAGGAGACAGUAAGAGAGUCAACAGAGGAGAAAGGUCUAGAGCCACCAGAACAGACUAAACCAAAGUUUCCAAAGGAAGAACCAAGAAAAUCAACUGAGGAAACAGGUCAAGUGCUGCCACAGAAGACAAAACCAGAGGUUCAAGAGAAGACACAAACAGAGGAAGCUACAGAGAAAGAUCUAGAGUUACCUGAUAAAGCCAAACUACCACUAAGAAAAGAGACACAUGUAGAAUUUUCCAAGGAAGAUUGGCCAGAACUAGUUAAAUUUAAGCAGUCUGUAGACAAGGAUCAGCUAGAGUACUCUGACUAUCAAAGAACGUGGUCGGUAAAAGAAACCAAGAAAGCUAAAAGAGAUUCUAUGUUUGGGUCUCCUACAAUAAGCGAAAUAGACUCAAUAAGUACAAGUUAUGAGUUCUCCAAAGAACAUAAUGGACUGUUUGAGAUUACUGAUACCAGUAGUGACUUCUACGCAUAUGUCUCAGAUUAUCAGAGGGAUUUGGGGGAGCCUUUUGGUGAAAUAGUUGAAGAUUUGUCCCCAGAGUUGAAGGAACUAGCACACAAAGAUGAAGAAACCUCGCCAAAAGAAAGUAUAGAGCUACAAUUUGAGUAUCUUAAAUGGAGCCCAGAGAAAGUUGCAGAGUGGAUUAGCAAACUAGGCUUUCCUCAGUACAAGGAGUGUUUUACCACAAACUUCAUCAGUGGCCGAAAACUCAUUCAUGUAAACUGCUCAAACCUCCCUCAGAUGGGGAUAACAGAUUUUGAGGACAUGAAGGUAAUUUCUCGGCAUACACGGGAGCUACUGGGAAUUGAAGAGCCAUUAUUCAAACGCACCAUCACCCUUCCCUACAGGGACAAUAUAGGCUUAUUUUUAGAGCAAAAAGGUCAUACUGGGGUAAAAUCUGAUUCCUUGACCUUAUCUGAAUUUGUGCAAGCAGCAGGAUUACAGAACUAUGCUCCAAAAGUAACUGCCCCUGAAAAGAAUGAAGCAUUGUAUUACACUGAACCGUAGGGAAGAGCCAUUUCACUUACCUGAAAGAUCAAACUAAACUACUUGGGGGAAGAA